AUGGCUGAGAAGGAAGGUGGAGUUGUCGCAAAGGGUCACGAGGAAGGGCUUAAAAUGGCUAUCUCUCUUCUUGAGGAGUUUGGACUUCCCCUGGGACUUCUCCCUCUUGCAGAUGUGAUCGAAGUUGGUUUUGUUAGUAGUACUGGAUACAUGUGGAUCGUCCAAAAGAAGAAGGUUGAACACAACUUCAAGAUGGCCGGCAAGCUUGUGAGCUAUGACACUAAUAUAACUGGCUAUGUCAGCAAAAAACAGAUAAAGAAACUCAAGGGAGUGAAGGCUAAAGAACUCAUGUUAUGGCCUCCAGUAAAUGAGAUAACCAUUGAUGAUCCACCCACCGGAAAAAUUCACUUCAAGAGCCUCGCUGGCAUCACCAAAACAUUCCCAGUAGAGGCAUUUGCUGCUGAUGCUUCUACUGCCUUCAGAGCCAGUCUCAAGUCCUUGGCCUCUGCAGAGAUGGACAUUUGA